AUGCUCUCCCGAAAACAGUUCGAGUCGGCCGCACAGGCAUUUGCUCGUCGCCAUCCGCACUGGGCAUGGGUCCCCGGUCAUCGUCCAGGCUAUGGCUACCUCUCGCGCACGACAUCUCAUUUCCGCAAAGCCUCUCCAGAAGUAGAAGACCUGGCAUCUGAUGUCCUCGAUGUGGAGAAUGACCCUGCAACUGCUCACUCGGCCCGCCCAGCUCUGAACGUGCAGGAACACAUCCUGUAUUCCGCGUCCUUCAAUGUUCCGGCCUUCUAUUUCAAUAUCCAUGAACCCAACGGGACGCCAUUGCCUUUGGUUGAUCUUGUACGAACAACUCUCUUCAAGAUCAGUCCGCCAGAAGGAUCAGUGACAACCGAUUUCGCCCUGAUUUUGCCAUCUGCUCCGUUUCCUCUGCUAUCUCAAGGCGACCACCCAACGCUCGAUACACCUUGCUGGUACUUUCAUCCUUGCGAGUCAGCAACCGCGGUCAACGAGUUCAUGGCCGAAGUCGAACAGCCAGACUGGGAUGAGGAAACGCGUCUCGUACGAUGGCUGGAAUUGUGGAUUAUGAUCGUAGGAGGUAUUAUCAAUCUGUAA